UUCACAUGGUAUCAAGAGCCUAAGAAAAUCCCUAUUUUUUUCGCUACUUUCUCUCUUUGCUCGUUCGCCGCAGCUCUAUGGAUCCUCACGUAUCUGCCGCAGCAACGCAGCCAUCUGCUACAUCAUCUUCCUCCCAGACUUUUUCUUCCUCCACCAUGCAAACUACUGCUAUGGAUGUUCACUCUUCAGCCGCUGCAGUUUCUUCCGUCGCGGUAACUACUCAGACCGGCGCCAUCUUUUCUGAAGUGUCGCUGCCGGUAACGCUGCCCGGAACGCCGGCCAUCCAGGGACCCCCUAUGUCGUCCGCACCGGUGUUUGGCUCCUACUCUUUGUUUGAGAGCCUUCCGCCUCACUUCCCAUGGCAGCAGCCAGUCGGAUCUCCUUCCCCGACGGUCACUCUCCCACCGCUGCACAACGCCGGCUUCUACGGAAGCACCUUCGCCGGCUCACCGGGUAUUGCACGCCCGGACAGUUCUCUGUUUGGAUCUCCUAUGGCUGCCCUGGCUCAAUCCGUGUCUCAUGGCAUUGCCAAUAUCGGGCAGAUUGUGACUAUUAAACUCAAAGCGGUGGAAGACUACUUGACAUGGAGAACUCAGUUUGAAUCCUUCCUUGUGUCUCAAGGCCUUUUUGGUAUGAUAGACGGCUCUACUCCGGUACCUCCCUUAUACACAUUGAAUUUUAAUAAUCAACAGGUCGUUAAUACUGAUUAUUAUCAUUGGCUCCGAGUAGAUCAAACAAUUCAUUCUUGGUUGUUUGCUACUUUAUCUCGCGAAGUAUUAACUGAUGUGCAUGAUAUUAAACAUUCGUGUCGUAUAUGGGAGCGUUUACAGUCUCACUUUAUGUCUGCAUGUUUACCCAGAGCCAUGGAACUUAAACGUUUAUUAACUAAUACUAAAAAGAAGGCAAAUCAAUCCAUGGAAAAUUAUUUGCGUGAACUUAAAAAUUUGGCGGAUGCGUUAGCCACGAUUAAUUCUCCUGUGACUGAUAGAGAAUUACUUCAAAGCACUCUUGCUGGAUUGGGACCAGAAUAUAAAUUUAUUACAGGCACCAUAUCUUUAUUCCCUGAGAGCUUUCCGCCAGAUAUACUUCAUCCCCGCCUCAUGGAAGCAGAACAACAGAUUUUGUAUGAACAACAACAAAAUGCCUCUAUUCAGCCAGCUUUUGGGGCUCAAGUUCAUGCCGGGCAGCAAGGUCAACCAACCGCAUACCGCGGCAGAGGAGGCCGCGGCAGAGGCGGAGGUCGCGGCAGGGGAGGUGCUCGCGGCAGAGGCCGCUACCAGCCACCUCAAGGCUAUGGGCAGCAAGCCUAUCAACCCACGCAAGGCUUCGGCCAGAACCAGCAAGGCCCUUCCGUUGUCCUGGUACCUCCGGCAGCAGGGGGUGUUGUUCCUUCCCGACCGACUAAUGCGGCAUCCGGUUUUCCAUCAGCUGAGGGUAUUCUUGGUUCAGUUCCUCCACCAGUUGUGUGUCAGAUUUGUUUUUCUGCAGGUCAUUCUGCCUUACAUUGUCCAUCUCGCUUCUCUCAGCCAUCUGCACCUGCGUUGGUAGCUCCAAGUGGUGAAUCAAAUGAUGCUUUGUGGUACCCGGACUCCGGUGCCUCGGCUCAUAUGACAUCGUCUGAAGGACAAAAUUUCGGGGGCAGUUCUUCUUCAGGCGCACCAUAAUGGCCAUCUCUAUCCUAUCAGUCUCAGCCAUCCUGCUUCCGUAGCUUUAGCUUCCGUCACUUCUUCUGGCCCUGUGUGGCAUUGUAGACUAGGACAUUGUGGUGAUUCUGUUUUGCGUCUCUUACGCACUAGAAAACUUAUUACUAGUUCUUCAAAUUUUGAACAUGACUGUGUUUCUUGCCGUUUGGGCAAAUCUCAACGAUUACCUUUUUCGGAUGCUAGUCAUACUUCUUCUGCA